AUGAUGAAGAAACCUAACACGGAAUUGUUGAGCGAGCCCACGGGCCUCGGGUCCUUCCGGGCCCAUCCAAACAACGCGUCCCGGCCCAGCCCAAUCCAGCGAUCUGCUUCUUCUUCUUCUUCCCCCCACCCCAUCCCACCCCACCCCGAGGUCGGCGGCGCGGCGGCCGCAGUCACGACCGGCGUCCAGUCAGUGCCGCUGACGGCAGCGGCGAGAAGCGGCCUCGCCUCCGCGCUCCACCCGGAGGACGGUGCCACGGCCGAAGCAGCCCCCAUGGCCACCCCCGGCCCCACCACGACCAGGUGGGCCCAGGGAAUGGCCGCUGACGGAGGAGCUGUGGCCGCGGUGCGCCAGCGCAGAAACCCCAUCUCCGUUGAGCGGACUGUGGUUCAGCGAUUUUCAGGUCGGCGACGACCCGACCGAAAGUUGGGUUUCCAUACCAGAUCCACACAAGGGCAUAACCAGUGCUGUACAAACUGGGCGGCAAGAGCAGACUGUGCAAGACGCAUUUAUGCCAAUUGGAGCAAGACCUGCAGAGACAAGGCGGAAUGGCUGGAGAAUUUCUGCACAGGCACCAUGUACAUAGGAUGUUGCUCAACUACACUACCACAAGGACAAGGCAAAGCUAGCUCAAAAGACACUGAUGGUGCUGCUGAGCCAGUCAUGAGGACUGCUGAUCCAGUGCAUUGGUGCAAAGCUUGGUUCAGUGGUCAAAGUGUGCACAUACAUUGAGGAACGCUACACUACAGAGGGCUUGAAAAAAAUCAUGGUCAUUUGAUUCAUUGCUUGGAGCCAAUCGAGGGCAUGCCUAGUUGCAUGGCCUAUCUCUGCUAGACCAUGGGCACUUCCACCUAUGUGUGAUGUCAUGCCUGGUAAGCCUAGUGGGGAGGGAGGAGGGAACCACAUGAAAAACCAAAUCUCAAAAGCUUCAAAGAUAUCAAAGGACUAACACAAAGAUAAGAUGCAGUGCUAGCACAAUAAGAAGACUUUUGAGAGAGAGAUGACAGCAGCAACAACGACUAUGGCGGAACCAUCAGCUCAUGUUGCACAUGACAAAGCUAUGCAUUUGAUUCUUCGCCAGAAGUUGAAGAUGGCAGUAGCAAGUGCCAAAAUGUUUCAACUUGGUCCUACUUCUACCAACUUCAGUACCGAGGAUCGUGUGGUGUGGGAAAGCUAGUGCAAGAGAAUGUGGUCUGGGGUCAAGCAAAAAGAUUAAGAAGAAGCCUCUGCCCCUGCUGUUGCUAAAAGAUCAAGGAGUAGAAGAACAAGACGAAUAAGCAACUGCAAGCGUAUCUCCUUUCCCCCCCAAUGUUUGUUGAUGCCAGACUUGCAUGCCUGCCAGUACUUCAAUUUGAAGUGUUAAUUCCAGUCCAGACUACCAAGGGCUGCUUGUAUGACUUGAAUUUCAAUGCUAGACUUUAUAUGGCUGCUUGAUAUACCUACUAAUGACAUAGCUGUGUCGAUGCUUUCUGAGGGCUGUCGAUUCCUGUGAAAUACUGUAUACCAUUACCAAUUAUGGCUGGAGACAUAGCUGUACCAUGCUGGUUCAUCUUGAUUUCCAUGCUGCAGACAU